GACAUAUUGGUGAGUGGCUAGAAGAGAGGUGUGGCUGGCUGGUAAAGAGGCAUGGCUAGCGGAGAGGACUGUAGCAGAACCCCACAGAGAGGUGUGGCAAUCGGCCAUUGAGGGCCUGGAUAGCAGAGAGUAUAAGGUGCCUCCAUACCUCCCCCCCGUCCACCCAUGCUGGGAGGUGAACUCUGCAGAUGAACUUCUGAAUUCUGGGGCUGCACUGACCAAGGACAGCAUCUGUGAGUUGGGUGACUUUCGAGUUGCUGGACUUAAGACCCUGAGGGGAAAAGGACACUGCCAAACUUCCUUGAGAUGGCCAAUGAAGCGAGACCUUGCCCAUGUGACAUUGGAGACAGGUUUGAGUAUGGGGGCCUUGGACACGAAGUGCAAGUUGAACACAUCAAGGCGUAUCUUUGCAAACCAUCUGUCAGCACGGAAAAAGCUGUGAUUGUGGUUCAAGAUAUAUUUGGAUGGCAACUCCCAAAUACCAGAUACAUGGCUGAUAUGCUUGCAGCUAAUGGAUAUAUAGCCAUUUGCCCAGACUUCUUUGUGGGACAAAAACCUUGGGAACCUUCUGAUGACUGGUCCACCUUUAAUGACUGGCUGAAAACUCGAGAUGCCAGCAAGGUAGACAGGGAAGCUGAUGUUGUCUUGAAGUAUCUAAAGGAGCAAUGCAGUUCAAAGAAGAUCGGUGUCAUUGGAUUUUGCUGGGGUGGAACAGCUGUACAUCACUUGAUGCUGAAAAAUCCUGAAUUAAAAACUGGGGUGGCCAUAUAUGGAGUAAUCAAGUACUUUGAGGAUAGAUACAGUUUGCUCCACCCCACAUUCUUCAUUUUUGGUGAAAAUGAUGAUUACAUCCCUCUUGAACAAGUUACCUUACUGGAGCAGAAACUAAAACAACACUGUAAAGUUGAUUACAGAGUUAAAAUUUACCCUGGACAAACUCACGGUUUUGUACAUCGCAAGAGAGAAGAUAUGAACCCUCAAGAUAAACCUUACAUUGAAGAAGCAAGAAAGGACAUGCUCAACUGGCUAAAUAAAUACCUAUAACAAAAGUAUACUGCUAGAUCUGUAAAACACAAUCCAAUAAUUUGUUAGGCAGACUUUA